CAAAGAUCAUAUUUACAUUUCCGACAUGUUUGCAAGUUCCUGGCUUCCGUUGCUGCUCGCGGUCGCUUGCUUACGCUCCGGCUGGAGCAGCACCGCUGCAGCUCAGUCCGGCCGCCGCGCAUUCCUGCAAGAUGAACUCCCGCUGACUAUUGUGCUGACGACGCCAGCCGACAUCGUCAAGGCGCCUUCCAAAGAUGACGUCACCGUUGAUGGCCGGCAAGCAAUAACGGUAGGAGGUUGGGGGUGUAGAGAGGUGGGUAGUGGUGGUGGCGCAGUGCGGGAUCCAAAAGAGGGGGUUCAGGCAAGGGUUGGGCGGGAAGGUGCCCCUCUGGUAUUGGGUGCCGUACCAGCCUCUCGUCGGUUAGUCAGCAAGCCGUUGGCCGUUUGGGUGGAGGGCGUGGUUUCGGAUCUGGCCGCCAACCUGACUGACGGAUUGUGGGACGGAACCUUGGGCCUGGCCUCGGACGUACUGCCGGAAGUACCGCCAGAUGGUCGUCUGAUCCUGGGUUUCAACUACCCGGUAGACCUGUCCAUGUUGGGGAGGGAGCUCAAGCUGACGGAGGGUCACGGCGGCGGCGGCAAGGGCGGCAGCAGCGGCGCCAAGGUUCCUACACCCUCCGGCAGUAGCAGUAGCAGUAGCAGCCAAGUCCUAGGUGUGGAGGUGGCUCCCUGCCGAAACCAGAUCCAGAUCCGUACGGCGCCUCCUUGGAUCGAGCCUUUCGAGAGCCGCUCCCCCUCCCCCUCCAACACCUCCACGGUUUCUUGUGUGGAGGUGGGCCCUAUGGCCAGCUUGAACCCGGGGAACAGUUUUCGCCGUCUGGAUAUCUGGCUGCCACAUGGCCUUUCCGAGGAUACACCCCCCGAGGCACUGGCAAGACGUAUCGUACUGUGCCGUACAAUUGCCAACAAUCCCGUCGCCACCAAUGGCACGGCGGCGGCGGCGGCGGGCAGCGCUGGUUAUCCCGCUGGUUAUUGCCCUCCGGGGGCUGAGCGGCUGCCGUACAAUUUGUCGCUAGUGUCCCGGGGCCGGGCGCGGCUUUCGGUGCCGUACUUGCAACCGGGAAUGUCGUACAGGGCUGUCGUGCAGGCGGACAGCGGAGUGAAGGAUGGAUUUGGCCAGGGGCUGCAGCUCAUCCUCCUCAGAACCCAAAUCCGUAUGUGGCUCAUAAUCACUGUCAUCGCUGUUAUCCGCGCCAUACACCCCGUUUCCGCGGUGUCGAACAUGGAUUUCAAGAUGUCGUACGUGCCGUACACCUUGGCGCCACCCACUACCGGUCCGGCGUUCCCGUCCAGCUCCCCUCUCUUCCUCUUUGAAGCCGGCGCCCCAGGGCCCCCGCUAACCGCUUGGCCGUACAUCGUACAUUCGCCAGCACCGCCUGGCGACGUGUCGUACAAUCCGUACGAUACCGUAUACGACAGCGUGGCUGCAUGGACGCCUGACAUACAUACGGAUGCGGGCCUUGCCGGUGUCGUAGCACUGCUGCUGCUGCGCCAGGGCCGCUAUUGGGGUCGACCGGAACUCAACCUUUCGACGGUCUUCGGACGACCUGCCGUACAAGUCUCCUUGGACUCCUCCGCCGCCAACAGCAGCAAUAGCAGUAGCAGCAAUGGCGAUGAGAGCGGAUGGCGGGAGGUGCUACUGCCGCUACCACCGGCACCUGUGUAUGUCGUACACUCCUGUUGUGACCGUCUGGAAACGUACGGCCAAAGAACCGCAGCAGCCGUCAGUGGAAAUGUCCAGGUCAUCGUGAAAAGCAGUUUGUCGGUUUCCGCGGUUCAGUGUGGCCCGCUGCUGACGGUGUGGGUUUUGGAGGGCGGGGGAGGAGGGGGGGGAGGGCCGCUGGAGGCCGCGGAGGUACGGGUGUUCGUACUUGCGGAUGAUUACUAUGACCUGACACCUAAUGCUGGCGGCGGCGGCGGCGGCAAUACCAGCUGGAAAUUCCCUCCUGUACGGCUCCUCGGCCACUGUACGACAGAUAGUGAUGGUGUCUGCAACAUCACGUUGUCUUCAGAACAGUACUCUGGUGCACAGGCGGCGCUCGCGGUGACGACGGCGGCGGGUGAUCAGGUCGCCGUACUUCCCCAGGCAGGCUGGUUCGUUGGGUCGUUGGUGGCUGACCGGUUGGUGGUUGUACCCGGGGAUAGCGUGAAAAUAACGGGUUUCGUACAGCAGGUCGCUCUGUCGAGGCUGUCCCUAGAGCUGCCCCCGGAGAGCGUCGCCGUACUGCAAGUGGUUCCCGCCUGGAUCCAGAUCCAAUCUGGUUCCGGAUCCGAAACCACCACGGCCGACACAGCCACGUCAGACAUCAUCUCAGAUUCCGACAAGGAAGCUCAGUCCUUGACUUUUGUGACGGUCAGUGGCAUCACCGGCACCCUGCACGGCGAGGUUGUCGUUCCCAAGGAUGUACGGCUGCAGCCGUACACCGUACAGCUGCGAGUACAGCCGUCACAAGGGCCAUCGUCAGCAGCGGCGGCUGCUCUAAAGAACAGCAGCGGUCCAGUGCGGUUGGAACGGUUGGAGUACGACACAUGGCCAGUGGUGGCGGAGCUGCAGAUAACGGUGGCGGAUCCUCGACCGCCCACGGCUGACCUCCAGCUCUCCACCCCCGCCUGGUCCCCCCCCACCUCGGUUGUGUCCUUCACCGCCACCGCCGUCAGCUACAUCGGCGCCUCCGUGUCGGGCGCCGCCCUCACCGCCGUGUGGCGGACACCCCGCGCCUCAGGCCUCCUCACACUCACCACGGACGCCGCCGGCCGGGCGGAGGGGGCGGUGGACCUGGGGGCGCUGCCGGCAGCGAACAGAUCGGAGCCGUACGACAACUUGAGCAUCGAUGUUGAGUGGAUCGGCCCCACGCGGGAACGCAUUACGAGAUCCGCGACCGUCGUUCUGGCUGACGGACCCGCGCGUCUGGAUGUGCAGCUCUCCCUGGACCCCCUCCUCCCCUCAGCCACCCUCUGCACCCCCCCCACCUCCUGCACCGUGCUCAGCGGCUCCCCCUUCUCCCCCGCCGCCGCCUGUCAACUGGCACUUCCCGGUGUGGGGGUGUUCGUGCUGGAGGCGUGUGCGGAUGUGCCCGUGGCCGCGGAGGAGGGGGCGGGGGAGGGGGCGCUGAACAAGUUGACGGCCGCAAGUGGAAGUACCGCAACCACCGCAACCACCGCAACCACCGCAACCACCGCCGGGGGGGUUGGUAAUGGUACUACUAGUAGCGGUAGCAAUGCCAAUACUAGUACGACGACAGGUACCGCAAUUCGUACCGCUGUACGGCGAGUAUGUACGAACCGUACCCUGGGGCACAACGCCAGCUUCUGGGCUCGGCACCCUUGGAGCGGCCACGUCAGACCCUCCCUUUCAACUGACAAGUCGUCGUACAAACCUGGUGACGUACCGAUCUUGCUGUUUCAAAGUCCCUGGCCGAAGGCUAGGCUGCUGGUGGUGUGGGGCAACGGAGCGGUCGUCCAGGCCAGGGUGGUGACAUCGCUCCCCGGGGGGGGCCUAGCUGAGAUCUCCAUAGGCCCCUUGGGGCCAGAAUGCGCUGGCGGUUGUUCGUUAGCUGCCGUACUAGAUGUCCCGAGGUUGCAACCCACCGACUUUACAACUUCAGCUCUGCACGGGAGCCGUCCUCCGGCGCCUCUAGGGGUCGAGGGGGUCGUGGAGGGGCAGUUGCUGCCGGCGGUGGUGGCUGUCGAACCCGGGAAGAAUGUAACGGUGUGCGGGUUUGGGAAGGGGGGGACUGGGAAGGGGUUUGUGGAAAUGAUGGAAGGGUCAGCGCAAAUUACCGUGUCCGUGACCAACGGUACUGGGCCCGAUGCCGUACCAGUCGGGGAGGGGGUCGAGGUCACAGUGUACGGCGUAGAUAAGGCCUUUUUGGAUCUGCUGCCGUACGAUCUGCCUCAUCCGGAGGAGGAGAUGGUACUGCAGCUCGCGGCUGACGUGGCGGUGUCCUCUGUGGAUUGGUUCCGCGUCGCACCUGGUGCCGUACGGGCAGUGUACGACAAACUCAUGGCGCGCGUGAAGCGCCUUCUUAGCGCAACCUGCCCGGGGCCCGGGGCCUCUCAAACCCCUUCCCCAAGGCCUUUCAACUGCCGCACACUCUCCCCUCCCCUCCCCUCCUUUCUUCGGACCUGGUGGCCUCUUAGGGUCAAGGUAAUGCUCGCGGCGCAACGACGAAGAACCGGACCCCCAACCACCAACCACCUCGACAACCACCUCGACAACCACCAAGGGAACACCGACUGCGCGAGUGGUGGAGGCACCCCCACCACCGAAGACUUUGCGCCAAACCACAAAUCGCCCAAACCAGAUCGACCCAGCGCCCAGCGCCCCCCUCAGUGGACACCGGGUCACCAGGGGGCGUACAGCGGUUUUGCAGCUGCGAUGAACGCCGUCACAAUCGCCGCCACUGAUACGUUUGCUUGUUUGUCGCUGCCUCCCCGUUCCGUGGCCUCCUUCCGCGUGACCCCCCUGUUUCGUACGGCAAGUACCGGACCCGACGGAAAGGCCACUCUGGAGUUCACGGCCCCCCAAAACUUGGGAAGCUUUGUCAUUCGGGCCUUCGCCGCCUCCGGUUCCGCAGCCCAUUACGGUUCCGGUGAGGGUCGUGUGGCUGUGCGCCGUCUGGUGUCACUGACCCCCUCCCUGCCGCGGUUCGUGAGGGUGGGGGACAGCUUCCAGGCGGGGGUGGUGGUGACGGUGGCGGAGGGCCUGGCGCCAGCCGACGUGGCGGUGCAGCUGCAGGUGGACGGCAAUGCCGUCUCAGUCAAUGGUACGACACGUAAAACCGUGUCAUUCUCAACCUCAGAAGGAGGAGGGGAAGACCUGCAGGAGGAGGUUCGUUUCUCAUUCUCCGCCGCCUCCGUGGGUUCGGUCAACCUCACCUUCACCGCCUCCACCCUGGGGGGGGCGGUGGGGGGCCAGGGGGGGCAGAGGGCGGGAGGGAGAGCAGGAGGGGAUGCUCUGCGGAUACAACUUCAAGUACAGGGUAUGUACGUAUGUAUGUAUGUACGUUUGCAUGUAUGUAAUGUGGAGGAAGGGGCGGGUCUGGGGCGUUUAGAUGUGGAGUGUGUGUCUGUGGGUGUGGUCCACGGGGCGUCUGGCGUCUCUAUGGGGCCGUGUGUGGGAGAGCAGUCGGCCGAGCAGCAGUGCUGGCGGUGUUGGCGGACGUGGCACUGGCUUGUCCUGCUCCUGCCGCUGCUGUUAUGCUGCACGCACACAAGAACGCCUGCUGGUCAGUUCUACGUCUGGCCAGCAAGCCCUGCAAGGGGGGGUACGGCAGUGCAGUGGCAGGAGGGGCUCACACUGCCGGACGCGGUGCCGGGAAGCGACGGUUUGAACCUGACGGCUGGCGUCGGGUACUUUCCCGCCAUUUCCGCAAUGUACGACGUACUGCAACAGAAGACAGCCGACAGGUUGUACCCGGAGUCUCCACCCGCCAUGCUCUGGGCGAUACUACCUGCCGUACUGUCGAGCUAUGGUCGUACGACGACACUCCAGCAGGCGGCCGCCGUCUCUGGCGGCUUCCGUGACCUGGUGGAGCUGACGGACCCCCAGAUGGGCCUUAUGUGGGCUCCCCCAGAGCGCUGGGGGGAGUGGCAGCCACACAGGUGUGUGUAUGUGUAUGUAUGGAGCCUGAGCUCUGAGCGGCUGGAGGCUGUCACCGGAUCACUACAGCCGUCAGCAACAGCUUCCCAGUGGCUGCAGCAGCAGCAGCAGUGGAUAUCCUCCCUGGAGUCAACCCAACUGCCCAUAUGGAGGGCGGCAAUAGCACGACAACUGGUGGAAGAUGCCGUACAGUCACGGCAGCAGCAGUACAACCCUGGGCCGUACAGCGAUUGGAACACGCUGGCUUGGGUCAGACUGGUCCUAGGCGCGGACUGGGACCCAAGAAAUGCCAGCUACAGCCGUGACACCGGUAACGGUAACGGUAACGGUAACGUCGACCCCGAGGUGGUUGCAACCGACCUGAGCUUGGCGACACUGCUGCAAGCGGUAACUCGGAAGCCACCGGGCAACGGCAGUAGCGGAAUGAAUACUCGCGUGCUGGUGUCCCUGCUGCUGCUGAGGAACAUGAUGACCCGUGGGUCGGUGAACGAUUCGGUUAAAGACUCCGUCCUCUCGGCUGCACACCUGGUAAACGAUACAGUGGAUGACGUCAUCUCGGCGCUGAGGGUGCAGGGCCGUACGACAUACGUGGCGGCGGAUACCGGCGGUGGCUCCUCCGGCGCCACCUCCUCAGCCGCCUCCCUGGAGGAUCAGGCGUUGAGUCUGCUACUGCUGCUGCGUACGGGUGUCAAUCACCAGCUACUGCCAAAGCUGGCGGCUUACGUGGCAAAUCCGCCACCGCCGGAGGGGUACGGCAUCUUCUCGGUGUCGUACUCGUGGCGGGAGCAGGGCCUGGCGGUGGUGGCGUUGAGUGAGUACGACGGAUUGCGGGGGAGUGGCAUACCCGACGUGAACGUGACGGCGGCAGUCAACGGAGUCACUGUACUGCAGCCUAGCCUUCUAUCCGUAGCAAACCACUGCCAGGACACGACUAUUAUCCACCAGCCAUCGUCAGCGGCAGCAGCAGUGGAGGCGGCGGCAGUUACACAACCACCACUACAACUGCUACUGCCGUCACCAACACCACGUCAUGGCACCAACUGCAACAGAAGGAGACACGCGACAUGGCGGCCAGUGCGGGUGCAGGUCGCGGGCCGUGGGGAGGUAACCGUAUCCGCCUCCCUCCACUUCGUACCCUCCGCACUCCUGCCGUACCCCACCUAUCGAGGGCUGUUCGUGGAGGCGGCGCUGCAGCUGCUGGACCCGCUGACCGACCGACCCACGGGUCAGCGGCUCAGCUCGGUACCGCUGGGCUCCGUGGUGGUGCUCACCCUGCAGCUCACCAGCCCCGACGACCUGGGCCCCGUCACCCUGGCCGUCAUGAUGCCGGGGGGGCUGGAGCCGCUGGAUCCAAACACAGCUGCCGGCGCGGGGGGGGGAGGCGGGGGGGGGUUGGGACUGAGCUGCGGGGCGAACUGGGUCAUGACGGACAGCGCCUGGGGCGGCAGCUCCUUCUUCCGCGGCUGGUGGUGGCCGAUGUGCCCCUCGCAGGAGACCCGGCCCCAACUGGUCACGUUCUCCUACCUGGCAUUGCGCUCCGGAACCAGCUCCGUCUCCGUACGAGCAGUAGCCGCCACACCCGGCACCUUCAUAUUCCCGCCAGUAAGGGCCUUUGCGGACAACCAGCCCGAGCUAAGCGGCAGUACGGCAGCGUCGUACAUUACCGUUUGCGACAGCUGUGACAAACCUACCUACUUGCGGAAUUCGCCGGCACCCCCUAAGCCAUGCCCAAGAAGGGGCUGUGGGACCAGAGGGGUGUGUAAUCUGGCUACUGGAAAGUGCGUGUGCGGGUCCAACGGAAGCAACGGUAUUAACGGUAGUAACGAUACCGUUGUUGGUCAGUGUGGGAUGUAG